AUGUUCCCGGAUGUCAUCCGUAAAAUAUUCAUAAUCCGUUCACCACCGUUCAUCCAAAUGGUUUGGUCAUUGAUAAGUCCAUGUCUCGCUAAACAAACCAAAGAAAAGAUCAACUUCUUGGGUACCGAUUGGAAGGCUAAACUCAGCGAAUGUAUCGCGCCAUCAGUUCUGUAUGAGGAAUGGGGUGGUUCAAGACCACCCGAUCAACGUUAUUCACGUAUUUGUCAAACUGGUAAAAUACCACGAGAACUCAGGUAUACACUUAUCCUUUUUCGCUUCAUUUUGAGAUAUCAACUGAUAACUUCAUUUUUAUCAGUGAUAAUUUGGAAUAAUUAUUGA